AUGACAGAAGCGAACUCUCAUACACUCAUCAUCGGCAAAGACCGCGAUAACGAGGUGAUCCGCUUCGGCGAGACGGGCGUGGGCACAGCAACCCUCCGCCUCGCCGUCGACCUCCUACGGUCGGGUGGCGACAACCCCGCAAUACCUCCCGGGUCGGACCCUACGGUCUCCAUUUACCUUGGCCGGCUGCAAGCUCUUCAAGCAGUCAAGCGUAUCGUGGUCGAGUCCGCACCAGAGACGGUCAUCACCACAUUCCUCGGCCAGGUCAUCGCCCACCUCUCCGCCCGGACCUCAUCGCACCCCGCGGAAGCAGCGGUCACGGAUAAGGUCUACCUCUUUGCCAGCGCGGAGACUCUCGAGAUCCUCCCAGGAGCCUUCCACCAUACCCGUCCCCUCCUACUCCAGCCCUUCUUCUCCACUCUUGCCCGCUCGCUCCCCAACCUCCACACUCUCAACGUCGCCUUUGACCCCAAGGCGGAGGAAAACAGCCAUCCCCAGAUGAACUUCACUGAAUACAUCUCGUACGGUCGUAAUCAAUCAUGGCGCCACCUCCAAGUCCUCGAUAUCUCGGGCAUCUCGGAUCACCAGUGGAUCCCGGCGUUAUCGGGCGGUGAAGUCCGCGUGACUUUUGCGCCAUCGGGCACGAGGUGGCCCGAGAUGGGGUGGCAGUCGCGUAUGACGCCUGGGCAGCCGCCUAUUCAAGGACCGACGAGGCGGCUGGAUAGGGCGAAUAGGAUCAGGGACGUCAUUGAGCGAACGGUCCAUGUUGCUCCCGCGAGGGGCUGCAUCUUUGCCGGACCGAAAGCCAAAGGGGAAUUGGCGGACCAGGUGGAUGGCGAAGGGAAGGAGCGACGGACGGAGAUAGGCAAGCCAGGCCCGGAGCAGGUACAUGGUACAGUGGUGAUGGAGGAUAUCGACGCAGGACUAAGCGAGACGGGACUUCUUCCAGAUGAGACGGGAUGGUUGGAGGGGAAGAUAAGGAAGGGCGUGGAGCAGAAUUAUGGGAGAUAUGGGGAGGCGAUAUUGCAGGAAGUCCAGCGAAGAGUAACUGUGCGGGAGUCUGUGCGCAGCAUCAAGCGGCAAGCCGAGCAGCUUCAAUAUCAAAUGCACUCGACCGUCUCACCGAGGUCCCUCACUGGCGUCAUGGACGCACCGGCUUCAGAUACCCUCAUCAUUGAUCACCACCUCUCCAACGAGGCCAUCGACUUGAAGAUAGACGAGGCUCUCCGCGCCGCCGUCAAAAUCCUCCGAACCGGCGGCGACGGCGCUCCCAUACCUGCCGGUUCGGAAGCUGAGGUCGGCAUCUAUCUUGGUCGGCUACGUCACUUCCGGACCGUCAAACACCCGUCAUCAAAUCCGGGCCGUAUGACUGAGCCUCUUCCCCCUCGUCGAAUCGCUCACCAUCUGUCCGGAACUCUUCCAAGAAACGGGCGUGACCUACAAUCCGGAGCUUUGGGAGGUCUUGACGCACGACCUCCCGUCCCUCGAGCAUCUCAAGCUUGA